AUGCCUAAAGAUACCACCAAAACCAAGCGCAAGGCUGCAGGUAAAUCAGAGGGAAAGGCAACUAAGGCCAAGGCUGCCAAGGCCAAGGGCGCUCCUAAACGUGCGCUCUCCGCGUACAUGUUCUUCAGUCAAGAUUGGAGGGAGAGAAUUAAGACUGAGAACCCAGAUGCUGGUUUCGGUGAGGUUGGCAAACUACUAGGUGCCAAGUGGAAGGAGCUUGACGAGGAGGACAAGCAGCCUUAUAUCGAAUUGGCCGCCAAGGACAAGACAAGGGCAGAGGAGGAGAAGGCAUCCCUGGCUGCCGUAUGUAUAUGUUAUUUGUCCGCAUCGUAG